GCUUCCCUUCGGCCAUCACAUGAUCACUCAGGGUGCAGUACACUAAGGCGGUAUUAUGCUCAGCUACAAUUCUUACAGUCCAGGUUUCCACUGGGUGAAGGUGGAGCAGUUAAUGUCCAGUUUACAUGGACUGAUCUUUAUUCAGAAGAACCAAUAUCAUUGUCUGAUAUAAGAUUUGAACAAGCAGCCAUUCUUCAUAACUUAGCUUCUCUACACUCGCAGCUAGGAUGUCAAGAGGACAGAACGGCAGAGGAGGGUAUGAAAGUAGCCUGUACUCAUUUCCAAGCCGCGGCUGGAAUUUUUCAGUUCCUCAAGGUUGGCUCUUUCUGUAGAGUUGAACAUUUUAUUGAUCACUUUGCCAGUGAUGCAUUUUUUGACAUGGCCAGCAAUCUGCUUCAACUGUACAUCAAUAUAAUGUUGGGACAAGCUCAGGAGUGUUUAUUAGAGAAGUCAAUCUUAGAUUCCCGCAAGGACUCUUUGAUAGCAAGAAUAAGUAUGCAGGUACACGAUUAUUACAAUCAGGCUCUACAGUUCCUGGAGUCUCAAGGUCCAUCUUACAUGGGAUCCAGAAAAGCUAAGGUAUACAUGUCAAAUAAUGCAGAGGAAAACCAAAAAUUUGGCGAGAAGGUGGCUUAUUUGAAAGCAGCAUCACAGAAGAUAACAGAAGCACAAAAGGCAUCCAAGGGGCAACCUGAACGAACUCAGGAAGUUUUGCAGUUUGUUGUAGAUGUUGUAAGCAACAAGUACCAGGGUGCAGUUAAAGACAAUGAUUUUAUUUACCAUGAAGUUGUUCCUGAACUGGAUGCCUUGCCAGAAAUAAAAGCUGCACCUCUUGUGAAACCCAUUCCAUUCCAGCCAUGCGACUCCAGUGUAUCUGGUCCGGACAUUUUCCAAAGACUCAUACCGAUGGAGGCACACACAGACUCCUCAUUGUACAGUGAGGAGAAAGCAAAAUUACUUAGAAGAUAUGCCAGUUCUAUUGACCAGAAAAAUCAUUCGCUGAGUAAAUCCUUGGCUGACCUUCACAUUGAUGAUCUACUGGAACCUGAAGGAUAUGACACUCUGCCAGCUGCUGUGAAACAGAAAAGUGACUCUUUGAAGACAGAUGGAAAUUUAAAAGAAGUUGAAAAUAACGUAGAAGAACUGACAAAGAUUGGUUCUAAAGUGGAAGAUCUGUUAACUUCUCUUGUGAAAAUGUUAGAAGAAGACAUGCAAAAAGAGAAGGAAUUAAUGGAGCUUGUUGGUCCCAUGACUCCUCCACCAGAGAGAGAGGAUUUUGAGAAAGAUCUUGAACAAUGCCAAAAAUCACACAAGAAGGCAAUGCAGACAAACUCUGAGCUGAUGAAGGUCUUUAAUGAGCACAAACACAACUUAGAUUUGCUGUCUGGGCCCUCAGAAGGACUGAUAGCAGCUUUACCGUCUCUCAACAUCAUAGAUACUCCAAUUGAUGAUGGAGCCGUUCAGCGUCUCAGAGAUCUUAUUUCUAAGGUGGACCAAAUGAAGUCUCAAAGAAAGCAGCUUGAGGCAGAGUUACGAAAAGAGUUAGCUGAUGAUGACAUUACACAACUUCUCGUCACAAGGGAAGAUGGAAACAAGAUGGCUUUCUUUGAAGAGCAGUUGAAGAAGCACGAUAGCACGUGUGGACUGAUACAAGCCAAUCUGGAUGCUCAGCCAAAAAUUUUAAAGGCACUCACUGAAGCUAAUGCGAAGUACGCACCAACAAGACAAGCUGUGAAAGAAACAGCACAAAGGCGGGAUGAUGCAAUACAGUCAAUUAUUUUGUCACAUGAUACAUUUUUGGAACUCAAAGAGAAGCUCAGCCGUGGUUUGCGAUUCUACCAGGGACUGGAGAAGAAUGUCUUAAAACUAGAAGAGAAGCUCAAGGAAUUUUAUGAAAAUCGAAAGAAGGACAUGGCAAAGAUUGAAGAGAAAGAGAAAAAGGCUAAAGAAAGAGCCAAGCCACCACCUGUUCGUCCUUCAGCAGUCAAACCGGACCACCUUGUUCAUCCUCCAACGUCAUCAGUUCCUGUUCCUUCAGUUAGUCAUUACCCAGGAGGACCAAUGAUACCAAAUUCUGCAAUGAGACCUGGAGUUCCCCACCUUACACCAGAGGGAAUCCUUUUACAUCCAAGGAUUCCUGGUGGGACGUUUCCACCAAACUCAUUUCCUCGAGGUCCUCCUCCACACCCAGCUGAGGGGAGGUUUAACCCCUCUGGCUCACCAAGAUUUCCAGGCAGGGCUCCUUUCCCAACAGGUGACCUUAGGGUACCGACUCCCAGUGUCCUUCCACAGACUAUACCAGGCUCUGGACCUCAGCAAGUUUUACCAGAACAUAGGGUUCCUCAAACACUUCCUUCACAAAUUUCUAGACCUCCGGCUAAUACAGCUGUACAGCCGCACUCUACAGUUCCCUUUUCUCAGAUGGGCCCCAGGGCACCAACACCAGCUGAGCACUUGAUCCAUUCCACACCAAGAAUGUCAUAUCCUGUACCUGUAGGACCCUCUAUUCAGCCUGGGAGUCAACCUGGAUUUUUGCCUGGCCAUCCAGGGGAACCCUACCAAGUACCUCAUGGUCAACAACUUCCUGGUCAGCAAUCCCCAAAUAAGCAACCCCCUAAUCAAUAUCCCUCUGCUGCUCAACACGCUUCUGGUCCACAAUCCCCUGGUCAAAACCCUGGCAGCCAGAAACCAACAGUUCAGCAGCCUCCUCCACACUUUGCAGUUGGGCAGGUACACGGUCCUGGGGGUCCUCAAGGAUUACCAUCGUAUGAUCAAGCGAAACUCAUCCAAGGGUUUCAACAGUUGGACAGGACACAUCAGCCACCAAUUCAAGGUAAUCAAAACUUGUCACAGGGGCAGCUUCCUGGAAUAGCUCAGCAGCAAAGUGAUAGGCAUCCACCACAAACAUUUCCUCCCCAACAGCAGUUUCAGGCUCCCAAAGGACCCCAUCCAACAGCACAGCACCAGCAUACAAGUCAGGCUGGGCCACCUCAGAGGUACCAGCCACCAAUUCAAUCCAGUUCAAUUUCACAACCUGUGCUACCUGGUGCAAGUCCACAGCCUCCACGAAGCUGGAUAAGUCAGCCGUUUCAGUUUCCCAGAUUAUCGCAACAACCUCUUCGUCCUCCACCACCUUUGCAUCCUCAGCAGGCUCAGCCUUCUCUGCAGCCUCAACGACCCCAGCAUCAGCAACAAACAAGACAGCCCCUAAGCUCUCAGCACCCACAGGUGCUUCAGCACCCUUUGCAGCCUCAACAACCACUGACACCCCAACAAAAGUUCCAACCACUACAGCCGCUCUAUCAAAGACAGCAGCAACAACCGCAUACCCAACAACAGCUACCCACAUCAAGUCAACCUCAACUCAAGGAACCCCUUCAACCGCAGAAAAUGGCACAAGUUCAACAACCUUUGCAGCCUCAGCAGCAAACUCAACCGUUGUUGACUCCUCAAAACCCUUUACAGUUUCAGCAGCAAUCACAGCAGCAACAACAAUCCCAGCCACCUCAUCAAUUUCAACACUCUAAUCUACUUUUUCAAGAACCACUGCAGUUUCAACAACAGUUUCCACACCAGCAAACUCCACUAUCAAGAGAAUUUGCUCAACAUCCACAGAAGUUCCAGCCAACUCGUCAGCCAGACUCUCCACAAAUGUCGAAGCAGCAACAAUUUCAUUCACCAAUUCAGCCUCCUCAAGGUUACCAGCAACCCUUGCAGCCUCAGUCUCAGCAACCAGUGCAGGGCCAACAGUUUCCUCAGAAGACACCUCAACCACAGAAUGUUGUGAAACCAGAAGUUAUUCCUGUAGUUCCAUCGCAAAUUGGCCAGAUUUCGGUGGUAUCAAGGCAGCAGCCAAUCUCUGAUAUCCCUCCACAGCCGUCCAGGCCAGGUUUAUCUGCUCGUCAAACGUAUACAGGAUACAGUCCUGGUCAACAGGCCUUGCAGCCGAGUGGUGUGUCUUCUCAACAAGACAAUCCUUACCAGAUAGAUAAAAAGGGUCCACAGGUUGGUCAACCCUCACCUCAACCACCUAAGGAUGCCUUUCCAUCCCAACACUCUGUUAUGCAGCGUCCUGGAGGUAAUUUGCCGCCACAUAACCCCUCUGCUUCUUCCUCAAACUGGGCUUAUCCUCAAACUUCACAACCUUUGCCAUCAACUGGGGCGCCAGUGAGUAGGCAGCCAUUGUCGCAUCAAGACUCGAAAGGGCAGCAACAAGGAUUUGGAGGAAUGCGAGGCCAAGGCGUUCAGCAACCACAGUCUAACUAUCCGUCACAAGGAUGGUCACCAUCUCCUGUUUCCCAGCUACCACCACAGGAGCAGCUUCGUAAAGAACAGGCAGUUUAUCCGCCAGGUAUGGGUAGACAGACUUCAUCUGAUUAUGGGAAACAAAGUCAAUAUCCUGGACAGAACAUCAGACGUUCCCCGUCAUCUUCUUCCUACCCACCUUAUGGUGGAAGUCCCGGUAAGCCUGUUUUACCUGCAUCAGAAGGUAGCCAACCAUACAGUUUCAGUCAGGGAUCAGCUCCUUCAUCCCCUUUAGUGCAAGGGGUAAGACCGAGCCCAACAAGUAUGCCAUCGUCUGCAUAUGCUAACAGUUAUUCAGUUUCUGUAGCUCAAGCUCAGUUAAGUCAACAGCAACAGAUGCAACAGCUCCAGACACAGAUGCUCCUUCAGCAGCAACAGCUUAUCUUACAACAACAAGAGUUGCUUCGGCAUCAGCAGCAACAGCAGCAGCAUGACUCAGAUCAAGGUCACAUUGCGCAGCUGUUUCAACAGAUACUACAGCAACAGUCUAAGUUGACUGAGAUGGAGCAGAAGUUGAAGGACAGAGGGGAUCAUGACAGCCAUGAUAGCCAUGACAAAGAGCACUAUAAGGAGCAUAUACAGGAAGACCUUGAGGGCAUAUCCCUUUCCAAACAGGACAGAGAGGUGGUAGAAAAAGACCUCCAUUCUCCAUCAUCUCAAAACUCUACCGGUUUUAGUUCGUCUUGGAGCAGUGGCCUUUCAACUCAGGUUAAUGGCAAACUUGACAUGGAUCAGUUAUUUAAUGAUUUGGCUAAGACUCAAAUAAGUAAAAUUUCUGAGAAAGGCAAACACGAUGAGGGGGACGUUGUGGGCUCCAAGCCAAUUCGUGAUAUAGACUCUGAUCCACAAGAACACUCAGUAAAAAAGUCAAUUAAUGAUCGUGACUCUGCUAGAAAUGGAGAAGAUAUGAGUUCCGUAGACUCUUCAACAGUUACUGAACAAGACAAAGUAACGGAAAGUGCGGGUCAUGGAAAACUGAAUAACUUGAAGGGUGCAUCUCUUGAUAGCUCCGAAAAGAAAUCGGAAGAUGAAACUCUGAUUGAUUCUUCCUCUUUAAAGGAGAAGAAAACAGAUGGAAACCGUCAGGAAACAGAAACUUCUACAGAGAGAGACAAAGAGAAAGAAAGACUACGAGAAGUCGAAGAACAGAUUCAGAAGAUUAAAGAUCUUCAAAAAAAUUCUUUUCCUCCUCUUCCUCCAAAGCAGCAAUACUUAUAUGAACCAGGCAAAAUGCCUGAAACAUGUCAGCUGCCUGCCAAGCAGCGUGAUGCAAAGCCAGCUGUUGACCCAAACAAGCCAUCUUUGCACCGGCAGUGUGGCCAUUAUUACCAGACACAGCAAUCCAGCACCACCAUUGGUCAGGACGAGAACAACGAGUGUCUGAGUGACGAAGAGUAUCUUCAGAAGCUGUGUCGCACAGUGGAAACGUUUGAAGCUCUUGUGGUCAACUUGGAACAGAGACGGGAAAAUGCGCCUUACAAUGGAUUCACUCAUGAGUGGAAGGUAUUGGAAAAGAUGCAGGAAACCGACUCUGCUAUGCUUUCAACUCAAGCAGCCACACUGAAUGCAUCGAAGAACAGAUACAGAGACAUUUUACCAUGGGACCACACAAGAGUAACACUGGGUACUAAGGAAGGAGGAGACUACAUCAAUGCUAAUGCUAUCAAGAAAGUGACGCCACUGUCUCCAGAUUAUAUUCUAACCCAGGGCCCUAUUGCUGCCACCUUGGGAGACUUCUGGCUGAUGGUCUGGGAACAGAAAUCCCCAGUUAUUGUCAUGCUCACAAAAGAGGUGGAAGGAAACCGGCUGAAGUGCCAUCAGUACUGGCCAAUAGAUGAGGGUCACACAGUGGUGUAUGGAGCGAUUAGAGUGCAUAUGAGGAGCCUAAAUCACUGCCAGGCCUGGAUAGAGCGGAUUAUGCACGUUCAACAUGCUGAGAGCGAUGAACUACUGGUUGUGUCUCAUUUGCAGUUUGUUGGUUGGCCUGAUCACGGAGUUCCUCAUUCACCAUCCGAUCUGUUGACCUUUUUGUCGGAAGUCCAUAAUCAAUACCAGGAGAAGGACCCUAACACUGAGAGGCCGCUUUUGGUGCAUUGCAGCGCUGGUGUGGGCCGUGCGGGAACGUUCUCUGUUCUUUACACCGCAAUCUGUGAACUGAACGGCACUGGACUCAUUGUGAAUAUUCCUAAACUUGUCAGAAACUUCAGGAAACAUCGCAAGUUUACUGUUCAGAAAAAGGAGCAGUAUGAAUUCUGUUAUCGAGCCAUUCUGUUUUACGCAAGCCAGUUUAUCCAGUUAGAGAAAACUGCGAUUGAAUUCAAGAAAAAAAAGAUCGCAUCACCCUCCAACCUAGGUGACGUUAAUGUUGCGCAGUCCAUGACGUCACCAGAUGCCGGUGGUCAGCGGAAACCUGAAGAAGUCAGUUUUCUGGGAGAAAUCUCUGACGAGGACAGCUCUGACGACGACAGCUCUGACGACGACAGUGAAGAAACAAGUGGGGUGAAAAGUACACCAGGCCUUGAGCCAAGAGAGGUUGAUGACAGGAAGUGCGAUAGUGAAAGUUUUAGAGCACAAGAUGGAAGUCAAGAUGCGGCCUUUCCAAAUGUGAACGAUAAUUCCGAGUCACAAAGCGCUGCCAAAGGUAGUAUGAACACUUCUAAAGAUUCUGUGGAUGAUGGAGAUCGCUUUGAAUUGAGUGAAAGAUCUGAGGAAAAAUAUCAACCACAAGAAGUUUCUAAAUCGACAAGUGCAUCCAUCAACGCUGAUGAUACCAAAGCGUCAAGUUUAGAAGCUUUGUCUGGUAAUACAAAUCUUUCAACAGUGAUCGACAACAAUGAGGAACAAAAUGCUGAUCAAGAUUCUUCUCAAUCAAAUUCUAAUGUUGUCAACACUGUUAAUGAAAUUCAGGACGUUAGUAAAUCGCCAGUGGCUGAUGAAGAUCGCUCAGGAACGAUUGCAGCCUCUCCAAACGAAGACAAUUGUGAGACGAAGACUUGUGCAGAGGACGGUGUCGAGGAGUCUGCAGAGAGUGGCCUAGGGGAGGUGAAAGAGGAAACUGCUUCAAAUGAGAGAAAAGGUUCAGAGGUGGAAGUCCAGGAAACCAAAACAGGAUACUCUGUGGAGAGAGAAAUGUUGGAUGGUACGGAAAGAGACGAAAAAGAAACUGAUGUUAAAGGGAAUCAAAAUGUUGAUCUUCUAGCCAGCGACAACACGAAACAGGCGGGCAGUAGUGAUCUAUCAAUGAAGGAAAUUGAUUCAAAGGUUAUCUUGAACGACGAGACCUUUCAACAGAAAGACCAACAAAAUGAAAAUGAUUCUACGCCACAGGAUGGGGUGGGAAACGUACAAAGCACGGAAGAACAAGUUGUGGCCGAGUCUUGGCAACGAAAUGAAGGCAGCGAAGAAACUACUCAAGAUAAUACUUAUCAGGAAGAGAACAACGUGGAUACAGAGAAACUACUUCAUGAAAAGAACAGUCAAAGUAAACCCGCUCAAGGUAAAGAAGAUAGCGCAACAAGCAGUCAAAAGGAUGCGAAUCAAGGGUCAAGGUCUAAAACAGACGAUGAAGAUGAAAGUCCUCAACAUAUCAACAAAGAGUGUGAAAAUGAGAAAACGGACGAAAGCUAGGAUGAAAUGAAAUAGAAUUUCUUCUUCUCGAAUGUAUAAUCAUUUAAGAGGAAAGUAAGCGAUCUUAUGUCACGCCUUCAACAUUUUUUAUAAUCAUUCUUACAAAUUAAACUGAAAUUUGUGGUUGAUUGAGAAGUACAUCAUCAGGGUUACUGCUGUAUUGGCAUUUUAGGUUCAAAUUUGUCAUAAUUGAUUUAGUUAAGCUUUGAAAUUAUAUGAAGUCUGUUAUUGUAAUCAAACAGGCUUAACAAGAACUCUUUACAAUUCGAUUAUUUAAUGCUUCCUCACAAAGAUGGCGAUUUGUUUAAUCGGCAUUUCGCUAAUGAGGUCAUAUUCAAUGCGACCGCGAUAAGUGCUAACAGGACAAACAUUGCUGUCUUUUAUAUGAAGGGAAAAAUCGCGGCCACGCCAGGGUGUUAGGGUCACGAGAUGAUGUAUUUAAAGAUGGGAAGAGUGUUUUGAUUUUUUUUUUUGUUUUUUUUGUUUUUUGGUUUUUUUUUUUAGAAUUUCAUGAGCAUACAGGGUUAGUUUCACAAUUACCGGCACUGUCUGGUCGUUUCACUGUAAAAAAAAAAUCAAUCUGGAACUGCGGAGUUUCAAAGAAAUAUAUAAUAUUUGGCAGCAGUCAUUUCAAGUGUGAAAAUAAAAAUUGCAUGGGUAACACUCGGAAACAGACAAGGAAACAAUAAAUAAUGUUGCCAGGCAAUGUAAUGACGGAGGAGGUCUCGGUCAAGGAAACCCUUAUAAUUGUGUUAUUGGAAACAGCGUUGACCCGUUGUGGUUCAUUGUCUGUUUCUGUCGUAAUAUUGCCUUUCAUGAGCGCCUGAAUAUCAUACAUCCGUUUCUAUAUUAAAAAUUUUGCCUCUAUAAAAGUU